AUGAAGACAACCACCACCAACACAAUCGCCGCGACAGCAGCAAUAGCACCAUCGCCAGACGAAACAAUCCCAAUCGCAACCCUAGUCCCCGUCCUCGCCAUCCUUGACAGCUUCAACCACCGCAACAAGAACCAGCACCGCGUAGCCCGCUGGUGGUCCGCCUUUGACCUCCUCCGCCGCGCCGUCCGCCGCCUGCACGACGCCCUCGAAGCCCAGGGCCGUCACCGCCGCGCCCUCAGCUUCAAGUCCUCCUCCUCCUCCUCCUCCUCCUCCUCGUUGAAGAAAAAGUCUAGCAGCAGCAGCAGCAGCAAACCCAUCGUCAGCAGCGCCGAACGUCGUCAAAAUGCGCUGGAUGAAGACGUCGUCGCCAGGGUGCGGAUGCUGCUCGAUUCCACCAUCCCGUCGUCCUUCUCAGCCUUUACACAACUAGCAGCAGACAACCAACACGCCGCCCUAGGCCUGGUACUCCUAGGUCUCUUAGCACGCAUCAACUCAGUCGUCACGCUCCUGGCACCUGCACCUGCACCUACUCCUGCUCCUCGGUCCGAAAAGGCCACCCCAGCAAGCGAGGUCACUACUACCUCUUCGUUGUCGACGGGCAGAAGUGAUGCAGCAGUCGCCGUAGCAGAUGAGAGACAACAGCAACAGCCCAAUUCAAGGGGUCUCGGCGUGGCCAUCUCUCGGGACCAGCUCAAGCUAGCUGCGAAACCUUCAGAUCACAAUCACGCAUCAUCAUCAUCAUCAUCAUCAUCAUCAUCAUCACGCAAUGUUGCUGAGUUAACAGCUUCCAUCCCUCCAAAGAAGCGAAAGUUGACGGCUGGCCCUCCUCUCGAGACCAAAGCUAGCAAGCCAGCAAAGGAGGAAAAGCUAGUAAAGAAGAAGAAAAAGUCAAAAAAGACGGACGACUUUGGGGAUUUAUUCAGUUCCCUCAUGUAG